AUGAGUAUUAUUUGCGACUCUCCAAAGUUCGAAGUAUCUAGUGAUCAAGCUUCGUAUUUUAAUAUUCGUAUGCCUGGCUCGUUUAUGGCUACUCCUGUUACCGAUAAAAAUUCUCCGAGUUAUUUUGAUAUUAAUCCAAAAUCUUCUCCGGUUCAAACUCCUUAUUUCGAUAUCCCCAAAACCCAUUCUCCCGAUGGAAUGGUGAAUAAUGGUGCUUUCAUUCCAAAAUUACCUACACGAAGGCAAACAUUGAAUCAAAAAAGCGGGGCCCCAAAGAAACCUAUUUCCAUGCCUGCUAAUUUAUCUCCUUUCACUCCUGUAUCUACUUCCUUUAAAGAAUUUUCAAUUGAUAGUGUUGCUGUCUUGAUUAAACAACAACAACAUCAAAAAUCAUCUUCAGUAGGAUCAGAAUCUCUUCAACAUAUCCUUUUGUUGCUCGAUAUAAGAUCUUUUUCAAUGUUCUCAGUCGAAAGAAUUAAAUCUUCUUUAAAUAUUUGUGUCCCAAGUACUUUAUUGAAAAGAGGUUCAUUCUCCGCUGACAAAAUCACCGAAACUUUAGUAAACGAUGAGGAUAAGAAUACAUUUAAGGAUUGGUCUAAAUAUGAAAAUAUUGUAUUAUACGAUAAUGACUCCGACCGUCCAUCUGAUAAUGGACCUAUUUCUCAUCUUUAUAAAAAAUUCAAUUUACCCAAUUGUAAAUCAAAAGUUGGUUAUUUGAAAGGUAAUUAUAAUUCUCGUAAUUAG